AUGGCAGGCAACCAGACCCCCCGACGAGGGCGUGCUGCAGACGCCCUAAGCCUUGCACUAGGGGCCUCUAGUGUCGACAGUGACGAAAAUGUACGCAGCCCUCCCUCAAGUGAGGCAAACGGCAACUCGAACCAGCACGACUCCCCGCGCUUCUCCAGAAGUAUCCUGAGCCCGUCGAUUUCCUCACAACCCGAGUCACGAGACCGACCUGCACAGCGUCGAGCAGCCUCUGCCAACCAAGUCCACGCUCUGGCAGCAGGUGAGCAGUCGUCUUCUCAAGCCAUCUUCGAGUCACCGCUGCGCUCCAUACUUGUGUCUGGGCCCCCGACCGCUUCAGUGAGCGCGAAUACCGCUCUUGCCUCACUCAGCGCUGCUACAACGUCGACGAGUGCCGGUCCAUACGCAGCACUGACUAGUGCCAGCGCUCGAAUGCAGCCACCAAGGUUCGAUGAUGUACUAUCCUCUCCACCAAGGUCCGCACUGCCGCCACUUCUCACUCUAGAGAAGGAUCUGGAUGACCCUGAAACUGGAUCCUCCGUCAUGGUACAAGAGAACUCGACGUUGCCAACAACACUUUCACGACUCUUUGCCGUAAGCGACAUUGCAACGCCGGCACCAGCUUCUCGACUACAUUCACAUCUUCGCAGUUUGUCCAACCAUGGCAGAAGCCUCAACGAUACCUCGACCUUGACUGGCCAUCUUUUUCACAAAGGGUUUGCAGAAGGUCGGCAUUCUGACAUUACAAUUUUGGCAUUCGGGGAGGCCUACCGGCUGCAUAAGCUCGUGCUUGACAGGGUCCCCUUCUUCUCGUCUGCCUUCUCGGGACCGUGGGCUGAAAGUUCUGCCAAAGAAAUGGAACUACACCCUGAGGAGAUAGACUCCAACAUUACUAAGACUGCAUUCGAAUUGGCUCUGAAACGGAUGUAUGGAACUCACUUUCCAAUGCAAGAGGAACAAGAAGCAGUGAGCCUUUUUGCCACAGCAUGUUGGCUGAACUUGCCCGAUCUCGUCGAGUCGAGUGUUGACUCAAUCCUGCGCCAGAUGCAGCCUCCGACGCUCCAUCAUCUCAUCCGCUUAGUUACAAACAACUACUACGGCAAAGCGGGCGACAGGAUAAUGGCAUCUGCCAAAGCUAUGCUCUGUAGAGAAGGGUGGGAGAUGGAGUAUCAGCACUGGGACGCCAUUCCGUCAGAACUGAUCAGGGAAGUCAUCGGUGGCGAUCCAUUCUUCGUCCCAUCCGAGUGGGAACGCUGGUUUCUGGCUACCAAGAUUCUCAACCGCAAACUAAAGGCGCAGGCUAUUGAAGCUGGCUUGGUCUCCACCGAUGGACGAUUCCUGUAUUCGAAACCGAUGUCAUUGCGCUUCUUUGCCGUCCGGUUCGACACCACGUAUCGAAGGCAGUCUGGGUUAGGAAACGCCCGGAAUGUGUCUGACAGAGAUGCGCCGUGGGUAUCACUGUAUACCUCGCCCGAAAUUGCGCCUUUGUUGGUGUUACUGGAUGAGGGUAUCCACUACAUACAUCUGCGUUUCGAGCAGUUACAGCAAAUACGUUCGCACCGAGACAUCUUUGGAGUGCCCAUCCUCCCAGAGAAGGUCAUAUCAGAUGCUCUCUGGAUGUCUAUGGAACUCCGACAGCGAGUCUUGAAUGCUCAUGAGAAUGACCUGGAGCUCGGCUUAGCCCAAGUCGCGGAUGAAGAUGACGAGGACGUAAGCGCUGCAAAUGCACCAAGCGGUACCAGCAAAGGCAAACAGCGCGAUACUCGUGCUGCGGAUCAGAGCGAAGACGAAGAUGAAGAAUCCGCAAGUUGGGAUGGCAACGGCAGACCGCGGAAAUUCUGGAUCCCGAGCGACGAUAUUUCGUGCGUAAUGGGUGGUACUCGAGAGGCGCAUGCAGCAGCGACGGCCAGCAACACCGACUGGACCACUCAGGCAACAGCAAGAUUGUCGGCCAGCUUGGAGCCGACAGACAUGACGUGGGCUUCCGACUUUGUGUUAGACAGUGGCCGGCCAAUGUCACAGAGCCUAAGCAAUGCAGCGGCGCCGCAGUAUACGUCGAUUCCACCAUUCCGAUUCUCGGCCGAGUUCCCCAACCCUCGUACGCUCAAAGAGAAGAAGCGGAUAUACUCAAAGACGUUCUGGUACGCGGGAUCGUUAUGGAAUCUCUACAUUCAACGAGUGCACACGUCGAAAAAUCAGCAACUUGGUAUAUACCUUCACCGAGCGAAAGAAAGCUCGCCGAGUGAUGACCCGCUGGCUCAGGUUGUCCCAGCCAGCGUUGACGAUCGGAUAGGGCAACUAGAGCGGGAGAUGCUGCUCCGGAAGACGGAGCGACGAAACCGACCUUGGCAGGACCGAGACCAUGAGACAGGGAGUCUGGAAACCUUUCCGGAAAGCCGCACGGUCGAGAAGGAGGAAGCCAAAUCUCCUGAACCUUGGACGGGCCCACGCAGGUCAAGCACGUCGAAUAUGACGCGGCUGUUCGACUCGGAUGAGGAGGACGAAGAACUUCUGCGGACCAACCGGCGCAACAACGUGCCGACGAUGCCACCAUAUCUCGACACACGUCCCGUGAUCAAGACAUACUUCAAGAUCUAUUCACCAGACAAAGCAGGGCGGCUGCUCAGUAUAUAUGAGAGUGCGCCCGAGAAGUUUGUUGUCAGCAAGAGCUGGGGCUGGAAGAGCUCGCAGAUGGUGCUGGACGACGGUGGUGCAAGCUACGACUUGAGUCGGGGCGCCAAAGAGAGCAAACUGAGAUAUAUGGUGGUGAUUGGCAAUGUUUAG